CUCUCAAAAAAGGGAAAAAAAGGGACAAACAGAACAGAAGAUAGAAGACUUCGCCCAACCAGAAAACAAAAGAAUAACAGAGCAGAGCCGGAAGGAGUCCUCCGGCCGCCCUCUUCUCCGGUCGUAACUUCUGCUUGCUAACGUGAAGGAAUAAGCAUAUCUCGUUUUUCGUUAACCUCUUUCCUUCUCCUUCGUCUUCUUCUUCUGCAGCUGCGAGAAUUGUGGAAAUUUAUGGUUUCCCCAACUCCCGUUUGCAUCUUACUUUCUCUCCAAUCCGAUCCACAAUUCGCGUGCUGAUUCCAGUUCGUCGUCGCUGCGCAACUCGUCCGGCGCCGCCUUCAGUGAGCGACUGAACUCUGUCCCGCCCACUGGUUUCCUUCUUCGUUCUGUUCCUUGUGUUUGGAGUUUCUCCCGAUCUGCUUCGUUAAUUUUCCCCGCUUCCGGGGGAUCAGUCCCAGUCAUGUUCUAUGGUUCAAUUGUAUGGGAUCCAUGGCUUAUCGUCGCCCAAAUCGUGUGCCUUCAAUGCCUCUACUACCUCACCCUCGGAUUCUUCCUCUCCGUUUUCGUUGGCACCCGCGUUUCCCGACUGAGUCUCGUCUAUUUCUUUGAUUUCGUCACCGUCACCGCGUCUUCCGUCACUGGAUGGUGCGUUAUCGCCUCCUUCUUGCUCAGCUCCCUCGCCGGGCGCUGGAUUUAUGCUUUAUUUGAUUGAGAGGGCAAAGAAGUGCUUAGACUUUUCAGCAACCGUCUACAUCAUCCAUCUCUUUAUAUGCUUGAUAUAUGGGGGAUGGCCUUCUUCUCUGACAUGGUGGGUUGUGAACCUCACUGGACUUGCAGUGAUGGCAUUGCUAGGCGAAUACCUUUGCAUUAGGCGUGAACUACGAGAAAUCCCUAUUACCCGAUAUCAUCGACCAAAUGUUUGACAUCCGCGCGAGAGCCUUCCCGACUAUAGAUAACAUACCUUCUUCAGCACUCAACAAUGUGGAUAGACACAGAUUCAUGAGCUUUUGAGGAGGCCCCUGCUCCCUGCUAUCAAGUUGUCCAAUGCUACAAUAGGAAGAAGUGAUUUUCGUCAAUACAGUAUUCAUCUUUGUGUUGUUGUGCUUGAAAGAAGCAACAGAGGAAUGGGCACUCCAGAUUUUGGGGUUGGUUCCUAAUGGUUGGGAAAGGGAGCGCUGAGAAUAGGUUUGCAUUUUGUUUCAGUGAAUAUGAAUGUAAAGCUUUAGUUGAUCUUUUACUUUUGUCUUUCGGGUUUUGCCUGUGUGGUUUUGAUAUUUGUUGCGAUUUCUCCAGUGGCGUACCUGUUUAGCAAUCAGCCGUUUGGACACGUUGACAAAUGGAAUAAAAAAAAACAGGUGGCCGUCCUCUAGUUCAGCCACCUGGGUAUUUGACCAAGAACAAUGGGUCUCAACUCUCAAUUGAGAGCUCAGAGAAACUAGUUCAACCCACAAUAUGUAUGUAUUGUUUUAGGAUUGAGAGCUCUUGUCGCAUAAAUAGGGUAAUAAGGGUUUGGGUUCUUGUGGUUGAGCUCUCGGUGGGUUUUGGAAGGUUGAGUCGAUGGGGUUGAGUCACAAAAUUUGACUAGAUAGAUAUAAUACAUUCGAAGUCUCUACCUCAAAUUCC